AUGGAGAGAACUUUCGUAACGUUUCUCCUCGUCCUGGGGAUCUGCCGGGCGAGUUUACUGCUCGAAGAUACCGUCGACGUGGAUUUGAAAUACAGACUGCCGCCCGGCGUGAUUCCGACUGCAUACAAAUUGCACCUCACGCCUGAUUUGGAGACAUUUACAUUUGAGGGUGAAGUGGAGAUCACGUUGGUAGCAUUGAUCACGAACAAUAUCUUGACGUUGAACUUAAAAGAUUUAACAGUCCACGAUAUUAACUUCAUGGAUUUGAAUACAACGAAGACUUUAUGGAAUUACUACAUAACGGACCCAAAGCAUCAGAUCCUGAGCAUCACAACAAAACCCCACUUUGAAAAGGAUCAUCACUACUCGCUUAAAAUAAAAUACAAUGGAAUUUUCAACGACAAUAUGAGAGGACUUUAUGUGAGCAGAGUCGUGCGAAAGGGUGGAGACAUCGCAUACAUCAUAACGACUAAUUUUAAGCCAACGGGCGCUCGAUUAGUAUUCCCAUGUUGGGAUGAGCCUGCCUACAAGGCGAAAUUCAACAUCACUUUGACGCAUGCUAUGACACUGCAGGCGAUCUCUAACAUGGACGUACUGAAAAAAGAAGAAGAAGAUGGCAUGAUGAUCACUUCAUUCAAAGAAACUCCACCGAUGUCUACUUACUUGCUAGCAUUCGUGAUAAGCGAUAAUCAAUUUAAGGAAGAUAAAGUUGGCAACUUCACCUAUAGGGUGUGGGCGGAAGAAAGCAUGAUAGAAGGGACUGACUAUGCUUUGAAAAUGGGUAGGAAGCUUCUAGAACAGCUGAACUCGUACAUGAAUAUUUCGUACCAAACGUUUAUGCCAGACAAAAUAGAUCAAGUCUUGGUGAAGGAUUUACACCCAGCAGAUGCCAUCGAGAAUUGGGGUCUCAUGAUUUACAGGUACUUAGAAGUGAUGCACAUCGCGAUCAGAAUGCAACGGGUUUUAUUGUUUAUCGAUCUGUCAUGGUGGGUUCGAAGCUGGACACCUUUGAACUCGAAUUUCUAUUUCAGGGAAGAUACUCUCCUUUACGACGAUGUUUUCAGCGUAACUCGCAGGAAGAUUGACAUACUCGCGAUCAUCGCUCAGGAGAUCACUCAUCAAUGGUUCGGUAAUCUCGUCAGCCCGAAAUGGUGGAAGUAUCUUUGGCUGAGCGAAGGAUUGUCUACCUAUUUCCAAUACUUCCUUGCUCGCGAGGUAAAUGCGAUACUUAAUUCAUUAUUAAUUUAACUUAAAUCUUAAUUGAACUUAACACUUAACACAUUGUUGACCGGCAGUUUUUCUCAGAGUUUAUUUUAUGUCACCGACUAUUAUUCCAGAAUCGUAUGUGAAAGUGAAACAAUGUAAGUAAGCUUUUUUAUAACGAUUAGUAUACAUGAAUUUAUUUAUCCGAAUCAUGACUAUCGGAUUCUAUUACAUGUCUUCUUCGUGGUUUUGGUGGCCUAAUACUAACAUGCGGGACAUACCCCAUGCGAAAAUGCGUGUCUUUAUUGUCCGUAAUCAGCGUAAAUUUCGUGCCGAAUAAGUACUGGUGAAAUUUCUUUAUUCCAAAUAUGAUCGCGUACGCUUCUUUAUCGAUAUUUGCAUAUUUCUGUUGUACAUUGUUUAGCUUUUGAGAUGCGCAUUGAAUGAUUCGUUCUGAUCCAUUGGGAUAAAUAUUUGAAAGUUCCGCGCCGACCCCGUAACUAGUUGCAUCAACAGCUAGAAUUAACGGUGGGUCAUAAUACAGGGUGUUCCGGAAAGAUUGUUAGAGCCG